AUGAUCGUAGGAAACAGAAAAGACUUGCUUUCCUCUUUAUCCCUUUCAAAUAUUUCAAAUAAUACCCCAAAGACUCUUAGACUAACUCCCCUUUUCCACCAACAAAAUUCUGAAUCAACAUUACGUGAUACAACGGUUAGUCGAGGACGUACAUCCCGAGCCGAUCUGCAAGGCCUUUCAACGACAGAUCGCAUUUCACAUAGAAAUUCUAAAAGCGUCAACUUGCAAGUGUCCCCUGAUGUAGCUGCUGAAGUAGUAAAAAAAUAUAUCUUGCCAAUGUUCGAAAUUGAUGCAAGAAAUUCUAAAGAUUCUGCAAGAUCGAAAACUUUUGGAAUCCCAAGGACUGAGAGGUCAAGGCAAAAUUCUGCUUUUGACGGGCCUGUAUAUGCAGAAUUAAAGCUGAGUGAAAAGCUGAAUCAAGAAAUUAAGUCAUUAAGAGAAGAACUUGAGCACCAAAUUCAAUGCGUUAAAAGAGCUGAGCAAGAGAAAGAAUUGAUUAAAAAUGAAUUUGGCCAUGUAAAAGAAGCACUAUUUAGAAGUGAAGCGAACUAUGCAGCUUUAAAUUUGGAACUUAUAGAGAUCAGUAAGCAGCUUCAAGAAGUGGAGCAGUGUCAUAGUGUUCUUAAAGAGCAGGCGCAGCAAUAUCAAAAGCAAAACAGCGAGCUUGAUACAAAAGCAAUUGAACUUGGAAGGCAGCUUCAUGAUGAAAUGGCUGUGAACGAUAAACUGAAAAAUAUUGCGUUACAAUUGCAUCAUGGCAACUCUUUGCUAGUAAUGCAAAGUGAAAUAAUGGGUGAAAGAUUGAAAGGACUCUUCGAGUCUUUUGAGUUUCUUACCAAGGCUCAAAGCACUGAGGCAAAAUUAGCUGAAGAGUAUACAAUUUUCAGUGCAUGAGGCAAAGAAAUUGCAAACGGCUAUAUUAGCUUAUAUAGUGAACUUAGAGAUGUAACAAUUAACCGAGACGAACUUUUUAAGGACUCUGUUGAGCUUGCCGAGUUGAAAAGCGAGCUUCAAGGCCAACGAGACAAAAUAUACAAAUCAUUCAAAGACAGAGUAUCCUAUCUUGAGCAGGAACUAUCAAAAACCCAGGAAGAAAGCGUAACCAUAAAGCAAGAAUUUUCAACUCUCGAAAAGAAAUUUGCAGAUAUCUCAAAUGAAUACAACCGUAUGAGGCAGAGGCUAAAGCAAUUCAAAUUCCAAUCAGAGCUUGAAGAAAAAUUUUGCAAAAAUUGCCAAAAACCUUAUAUUGAGUCUGAAAAUUUUAACUGAUCUUGCAAAACUCACAAAAGCAAGUUCAGUGGAGAUCUCUAUUGAUGCUGCGGCAGAGCUGGUAAAGAUGCUCCAGGCUGUGUCUCUUCUAAGCAUAUCUCAAAAGAUGACGAGGAAAUUGAAAUAGUUAAUGAAAUCUCCAGACUUUCUAACCGCUGCACAGUAAUUUUUAUAUAGAGCUGCAGAACACUUGGCCAUUUUGCACAUGAAUGCCCAAGAGAUCCUAACGCAAGGACAAAAUAUGAGCCGAAAGAUGAGCUUGAACGAAUUUUAGAUGUCGCAAAAAAUAAGAAAAAAUCUCACGUGUUAGAGAAUGAUAUCCAAGACAGGAUGAUGAGCUUAAUUAAAGAAAAUAUGCUUGAAAGAGAAGCGACAGAUUAUGAAAUUACAGAAGAGAGCCUAGAAAAUAUAGACUAUGCAGGAAGAUCAUUUAAAGAUUUGUUGAAGAUCAAAAAAGAUUUACCAUUUGAUUCAUAUGUAAAUAGAGUCAGUCUUGAAACAGAACAGUUAGAAGAAGAUAAGAGUCUUCACCGGAGCUUGAAGACGAUGAAAACAUUUAAACGGAAGUCGAUUGAUCAAUAA